GGGCCUGUUGCACAAAAGUAGAAUUAAGACAUCCGGGAUAAAUGACUCAGCUGAGCUCAAUGAAGCCAAAACAUGUGCGUCCAGGCUUAAUUGGUUGCACAAAGACCAAGCCAGGAUGAGCAGACACGGAUUCAUUAAGCCAGGUGAAACCAAUCAUGGAUAGGUGCGCGCUCACGGCUCACUCAAAUAGACCCCGCCACAGAUCACAGAUUAACUGAUUUACCAUGGCAACUAGAGCCGCGUACUUUUCCCCGUCGGAAGCACAAAUCCUCAUGGAGGCAUACGAGGAGGUAAAAGAUAUAAUUAAGAAGAAAGGCAACACCGCCACAGUGAUAAAGCAAAGAGAAAAAGCGUGGCAAAGUAUUGCAGACCGCCUGAAUGCGUAAGUAGUGCACAAUUACACACUCACCGCUCCGCUGAAACAUCACAAUUACAAUUCAAAUAUUUAAUUCACAUCUCCAAAAAUGCAGUUGUACUGUAAUUAUGAAACGGUUAAAUUUUUAAUUGAAAUGCACUGCAGAUAUGAGUGAAAUUGUGUAAAGUAACUCCAUCACACUGUAUAAAGCUAUGAUAAAUUUUUUGAUAUUUUUACUGAAAACAAGACAAAAAUACCAAGUAAUUUUUGCAGUGUGACUCCAUUAAAUGUGUGUGUGUGUGUGUGUGUGUAGAUUAAACAUGAACGGGCCAAAACGGACAUGGCAGCAGGUCAAAAUCAAAUACAAGAACAUUCUGCAGAAUGCAGUGAAAAAGAAUACCCACAGACAAGGCACGGGUGGUGGGUCACCAAAGGCUGACCUUACCCCAGCAGAGGACAUGGCCUUGGAGCUAAAUAAAGGCAGGCCCGUCUUAGAGGGGAUCCCUGGGGGGAAAGAGACAAGCAUAGGUUCCUCCCAAGAUGCCACCCGCUUCAUUCAAGUGCCUGGCAGCACUGUGUUCCUGUUAGAGCCACCAGCACAAGCACCAGACGAUGCUGAUCCAGGUGAAGGCCCCAGUGCAGCAGCAACAGCACAUGAUGGAGACGAUGAUGAGGAGGAGACCAUCUCUCUGGAUUCCAGAAGGCAUGAGGACCCAGAUGCUAUACAGUGGGAAAACCAGCCUGGCAACAUAAGCUCACAAGCUAUCAGAAAGUUGUAUGGCAACCACCUCCGGCGCCAAAUAGAACUGGCAGACAUAGACAUUCAGUACAAGAAGAAAAAGAUGGAAAAUCUUGCACUGGAGUCCGAAAUAAAAAAGAGGACAAUUAGGAAACUGGACCUUGAAAUAAAAAAACUUGAGAGGAGGUGAGAUAUGCCUUCAAUGUACACUGUAUGCUAACUGUAACACAAAUGUAUUAAUCAUUAUUUUUCUUUCCUCCCCAGCUCCAAGAAGAUGACACAGCUCAAAAUAAAAAUUAGGUAUAUUCUCGUAAAGUCAAGUGAGCCAUGACAUAUGAGCUCUUAUUGUGAGCACACAGGACGGUGGCAUCUUUCUAAGGUUUUUUUAUUUUCCCAGCAAUCAGUACAACCAAGUCAUCGUUAUAAGGCAUCGCCCUCUUUUGCCCACCCCCCAGCACCAGGUGUGGCCACUAGCCUAUAUGAAGGCCCAAAAUUGUGUGUUCCUUUCUGCUCUGACAAUGGCAUGCCCAUUCGUGCGAGAUGUGGUGGAUGAAGAAGCACUUGUGCUGAGGAGAGCCUUCAGGCGAGAAAGGGUCUUCAGGGACCGGUUGGACCCACUGGCCUUCCCUGAUGACCAUCUAUAUGAAAGAUACAGGUUUUCUGCAGAUGGCAUCAGGUAUCUAUGCAGACUACUGGGUCCCAGGAUUAAGCACCGCACUGCACGGAGCCAUGCACUGAGUGUGGAGCAAAUGGUUUGUGUGGCCUUGCGCUUUUUUGCUAGUGGAGCCUUCCUGUACUCAGUGGGGGAUGCAGAACAGCUGAACAAGGCCACAAUUUGCCGCACAAUAAGGAGUGUGUGUCUGGCUAUCAAAGCAUUAGCAGAUGUCUUCAUCUCCUUCCCUGGCCACAGAAGACUCUGUGACAUCAAAGAGGAGUUCUAUAGGAUUGCAGAUGGUCUGCAAUGCUGACUGUGUGAUCAGCAAUGUUGUGGCAAAAUGGCCUGGCUCAGUCCAUGACUCCAGAAUCUUUCGGGCCUCUGAAAUCUAUCAGUGCCUAUCA